GAGCUCUCCGCUGGCGUUGUGCAACGAACAAAGCUCAUGUCAUAAUCACCAAUCGAUAAUCGGCUGAUGAUACCAAACAAGGAGUCACUAAUUAUCCCAAGGCGCCCAUCGGCUUUAAAAUAUCCGAGUUGCGUGCGUUGCCAUCCUCUCUUGCUCGGUCGCCUUUCCCGGUCUUUGGUGUGGAUAAACCGGCUUUCUUGCUGUUCUCGAUCCUUCUUCAAUUCGCUGUAGUUUUUCCUUUUGUCGCUUGCUCUUGUUCUCUUUCCAAGACCGAGGAAGACGAGUCAGAUUUGGUGAUUGUGUAGAGCGUACAAGUGAUUGUUCUUGGAGAAGCAUAGGCCUCUCUUGGCUGAAAUUGCCAAGAAUUAUCAGUUUCGCAUUCUCGUCUUGGGUGUAGCUCUUGUCUUCUUGAGCAAGGAGGCGGAGGAAAGGAAAGACAUGGAAGAGGAAUCCGUCGCAGCUUCAAGGUACUACUGCCACAUGUGCUCGCUGAUCAUAAGGCCCGAACUGGGCAUCGAGGAGGUGAAGUGCCCCCACUGCCACACCGGCUUCGUGGAGGAGAUGGCGGGCGACCGGCGAGGCAGCGACGACGCAGCCAUCAGAGGCCGUCCUCCCGGCGGCGAGGCGAGCUCUAACGCCUCGGACGCGGCGCUGGAGCGCGAGGUUUCGCUCUGGGCGCCUGUGCUCAUGGACUUCAUCGCCGCCUCGUCCGGCCGCCACGGCCUCGACGGCCACGGAGGGGACCUCGCCGCUUUGGCGCGAAGGCAGUACCGCAACAUCGCCCUCCUGCAGCUGCUCAACGCGCUCCAGGAAGGCGACACCGAUGCCGGGCGCGAGCGGGUCGUGCUCAUGAGCCCCGCGGACGCGCGCGCCAUGCUUAUGGGACAAGAGCGAGGGGACGGCGCCGCCGCCCUGGGCCCCGGCGGUCUGACGCUCGGGGACCUGUUCCUCGGCCCGGGGCUGGACUUGCUGCUGGAGUACCUGGCCGAGACCGACCCAAACCGGCAGGGCACGCCGCCGGCCAGGAAGGAGGCCGUGGCCGCGUUGCCGACGGUCCGGGUGCGCGAGGACUUCACCUGCCCCGUGUGCCUGGACGAGGUCGCGGGCGGCGGCGACGCGCGCGAGAUGCCGUGCAAGCACCGGUUCCACGACCAGUGCAUCCUGCCCUGGCUGGAGAUGCACAGCUCCUGCCCCGUGUGCAGGCACCAGCUGCCCACGGAGGAGCCGGCGGAGGCAAUUGGCAGCGACAGAGGCGCCGGUGUUGAGUCCAGUGGCAACGCGCGCGGCGGCGGGAGGAGGCAUUGGUUCUCGUGGCCCUUCGGAGGGUUGUUCUCGCAAAGAUCCAGCGGGAACUCCUCGUCGUCCUGAUGAUGCAUGAACACGAUAAUAAUAUGCAAGGGAACACCUCAUCGUCCCUGAUGAUGCUAAUGAACAGGAUAAUAAUAUGCGUCGAUGUAGCCA